CCCUCCCGCCCUUUGCAGGAAGCGCUCCCGAGGCUGCUCUUUUACUUUCCUUUCUCCCCGGUCCGGCCUGUGCCACCUUCGCCGCGUCGGUCCACACCGCGGUGUUAGCCUGUCAGGUGCCAGACCUCUUUGCUCCACAGCGCUGAGCGAUACUGAAUUAGACCCUUUCCUGAGUCCGAAGGGGCCAGGACUGUACCCUCAGAACAGGAGCAGCAUGCAGGCCCGGAAGAGCCCAGCUGAGAUUGAUGAGAGCCUCUACUCAAGGCAGCUGUAUGUGCUGGGCCACGAGGCCAUGCGUAGGUUGGCCAACACCUCUGUGCUGGUGUCAGGAAUGAAGGGGCUGGGUGUGGAGAUUGCCAAGAACGUUAUCCUGGCUGGCGUUAAAUCUGUCACUGUGCACGACCCAGAUGAUGCCCAGUGGAGCGACCUCUCAUCACAGUUCUUCUUGUCAGAGAAUGAUGUGGGUCACAACCGAGCCAUAGCUUCCCAGAAGUGCCUUGCAGAGCUCAACAGCUACGUGGUUGUGACAGCCUAUACUGGGGCCCUGUCUGAGAGCUUUCUGGAGACUUUCCAGGUUGUGGUACUGACCAACUCCUCCCUGGAGGAGCAGCUCUGUAUUAGUGACUUCUGCCAUGCCAGGAACAUCUGCUUCAUUGUUGCUGACACAAAGGGGCUGGCUGGGCAGCUCUUCUGUGACUUUGGGAAACAUUUUGUUGUCUAUGACCCCACGGAGGUUGAGCCCGUUUGUGCCUACAUCCAGCACAUCUCACAGGGCAACCCCGGGGUCUUAACCUGUGUAGACAUAGAAGGCCAUAGCCAUGGCUUUGUGACUGGCGACUUUGUGACGUUCUCAGGUGUGGAGGGCAUGACCGAGUUGAAUGCCUGUGAGCCUCGUGCUGUCCGUGUGCUGGGGGAGUACAUGCUGGAGAUCGGUGACACGAGCUCUCUCUCUCCAUACCAGCGUGGAGGCCUUGUCACUCAGGUGAAGGUGCCCCAGGAGCACUCCUAUGAGCCUCUGAGAGCAGCCCUGGCCAACCUGAAGAUCAAAGAUACAGACCCUGAGAAGCAGCAGCGCUACCAGAGCCUGCACCUGGCCUUCCAGGCACUGCAUGUCUUCUGCAAGGAGCAGAGCCGACUUCCCCAGCCAAGAGUGCAGGUGGAUGCUGAGCGGUUGCUGAAGCUGGCUCAGGACCUGAAUGUGCAGCAGGAGCCACUGGAAGAGGAUCUGGUGCGGGCAUUUGCCAGUGUGAGUGCUGGAGAGCUGAGCCCCAUUGCUGCCCUUUUUGGGGGCCUGGCUGCCCAGGAAGUGCUGAAGGCUGCUUCAGGGAAGUUCCUGCCACUGGCACAGUGGCUGUACUUUGAUGCCCUGGAAUGCCUGCCCAAGGAUGGAGCUGCAUCACUGACCGAGGAAUCCUGUGCUCCACGUGGCUGCCGCUACGAUGGACAAAUUGCUGUGUUUGGGGCCAAUUUCCAGGAGAGGCUGGGCCAGCAGAAGUACUUUGUGGUGGGCUCUGGUGCCAUUGGCUGUGAGCUGCUGAAGAACUUUGCAAUGAUGGGGCUAGCUGCUGGCAAGGGUGGAAGCAUCACAGUGACUGACAUGGACACCAUUGAGCGCUCCAACCUCAACCGGCAGUUUCUCUUCCGGCCUUGGGAUGUACCCAAGCUGAAAUCAGAGGUGGCAGCAGCGGCAGUGAGGCGCAUGAAUCCACACAUCAAUAUAGUGGCCCACAGCAACCAGGUGGGGCCCACCACAGAGCAGCAAUAUGGCGAGGACUUUUUCCAGCCUCUUGAUGGCGUGGCAAGUGCCCUGGACAGCAUGAGAGCUCGGACAUAUGUGGACAGCCAGUGCAUCCGUUACCUCAAGCCACUGCUUGACUCAGGCACCCAGGGCACCAAGGGACACGUGCAGGUCAUUGUGCCCCGCCUAACGGAACCAUUCGGCAGUCACAGUGACCCAUUGGAGAAGGCCAUUCCUGUCUGCACCUUGCGUCACUUCCCCAGUUCCAUCGAGCACACACUGCAGUGGGCCCGUGAUGAGUUUGAGGGGCUCUUCAAGCUGCCUGCUGAGAAUGUCAACAGAUACCUGCAGGACUCAACUUUCCUAGAGGGGCAGCAGUCACGUGUGGAGGCACUAGAGGUCCUGGAGCUGGUGCGCAGUAGCCUGCUGGAGAAACCACGAGCCUGGCAGGACUGUGUGUACUGGGCCCGGCAGCGCUGGGAGAGCCUUUACCGCAACAGCAUCCAGCAGCUGCUGCACAGUUUCCCCCCUGACCAUGUGACCAGCUCAGGGUUCCCGUUCUGGUCAGGGACCAGGAAAUGUCCCCGGCCCCUGGAGUUUGACUGCAACAAUGAUACCCACAUGCAGUACAUCAUUGCUGCUGCCAGCCUCUUUGCUCAGAUGCACAAGCUACAGAUGUCUGGGGACACAGCCGCCAUCCAGGAGACCCUGCGUGCUAUGACCUUGGUGCCCUUCAAGCCACAGGCUGGGGUGAAGAUCCCAGUCACAGAUGAGGAGUUGCAAGAGACAUCGACUGCAGCUGAUGAGAAUCGUUUGGCAAAGCUGAGUCAGGAGCUUGCAGAGCUCCGCCAUGAGCUGGUGAGCAAGAAUCUCUGCACCGCCUACCUUAUGGAACCAAUUCACUUUGAGAAGGAUGAUGACAGGAACUGCCACAUUGAUUUUAUCACGGUCGCAUCCAACCUACGAGCUGAGAACUAUGGCAUUCCGCCUGCUGACAAGUGCAAGAGCAAGCGGAUUGCUGGCCGGAUCGUGCCUGCCAUUGCCACCACAACAGCGGCAGUGGCUGGCCUGGCAUGCCUAGAGCUCUUCAAGUUGGUAUGGGGGCACGAGCACCUCAGCGCCUACUGUAACAGCUUCCUGCAACUCUCAGAGCCCCGGCUUACCCGUUUCCAGCCUCUGCCAGCCUCCACUUGCAAGUAUGGCCAGAAGAUGUGGAGCUGCUGGGACCGGUUCAUGGUGCCAGGGAUCAGGGAUGAUGGAAAGGAGAUGACACUGCAGGAGCUUCUGGACUAUCUCAAGAGUGUUCAUGGUUUGGCGGUGAGCAUGCUACUUCACGAGCAGGCCACCCUCUACCACAGUCUCUGGAGCAAGCAGAAACAAGAGGAGCGACUCAUCCAGAGACUGACCCAGCUUGUAAGAGGUGAUGCCAGUAAUGCGGUACAGCAGCUGCCUCCUGUCCUGGUGCUGCAGGUCAUCUGUGAAGAUGAGGACGACGACACCACCUUACCCCCCAUCCACUUCCGGCUCUGCUGAAGUCAGUAACUGGAGUCUGCCUCAUGUAGGUACAGUGCACUCCUCCUUCAACUCCUAUGUCAGCUGGGAGCCAAAUGAACAGAGAACACAAGGCAGCCUCUCUUCUGUAUCUAUACAGCUUUUCAUGGCUGGGCUUCAAUAGGACACUUAUGCAUAGGUAAUAAAGCAGUGAUGCCACUCUCAUCAGGAGAAAUGCUUAAUAAAACCUGUGAUGAUUGCUGC